CCAACCACCGCCGCCGCCGGCGAUGUCUCCUUCCGCCGACGCCGCAGCGCCCGCCUCCACAUCCGGCCCGCCGCUCGCGCCCCUCAUCUCCGCGCAGCUCAAGUUCCUUCUCUCCAACCCCACUCUCCCCGUCAAGCUAGGGCAGAUCUGGUCCGGCUGCCGGAACGGCCGCUACGCCGAUCGCUUCACCCUCGCCAUCCCCUUCUGCCUCGACUACGUCUACUGGGAUUUCCUCUAUAAUGCGCUGUACCCGAAGGUGGCGCCCGACGUGGUGUUCGGGCCGGGUGACGAAGACUUCCAGCCGCUGGUCGAUUAUGAUGACGCCGGGAAUGGGGACAAGAGCUGCUUGGCACGAUGGGAUAUCCGCGACCCACGGGGACUACUCAACCUCGUGGAAGAGCUCCGGUUAUUAUACAUUGAAUACCAAAAGAAGCGGGUUGCUGAGGUAGAUGAUACAAGACUGAAGUUUGAGGUAGACACAGUUCUUGCUAAGGAGGGGAUUGAGGUCUGCAUGGUACCAUUGACUGAUAGGCCAGAUGAGGUGAAGUUUGCUGUACCACUUCUGGAUUUAGACUUAAAACAGUUGGUGCCUGGAUGUCCAUGGAAAUUUCCUCAAAAGAUCCAUCUACAGGCCAUAUUUCCGGUUAGCGGAAGUUACUCCUCUGUUUCUUCUGCACCACGGCUGAAACUAUUCUCAACCCCUGAAAUGAAAUCAUUUUUCUCAGUGGAUGCUGUCAAGCUACCUGCAUGGGUUGAUGGGAUGUGCAUGGCUGAAUAUAUUCUUGCCUUAGAAGAUGAUCUUAAGAACCAGGUUGUUGAGGCAUCAGCUUCAAUUGGUUCCAGAAGACGUUUUAUUGAGGCCCUAGCUCCUGCUUUUGGGAGACCAUUAGAGGCUGAUCCGAUUCUUUGUAGGAAUGCUACAGUUCUUUCCAUUUCAGGGAUUUUCACAUUUCUGGUUCAUUUUAUUAUCCCCCUUCAGUUCCCUAGGCAACAACCUAUCCUUACUUUGCAGAGCUCUCAGCAUUGUAAUUCCCAAGGGAUACCUAUUUCCUCAUCUCAAAUAAAUGACUAUCCCUGGAGUCCUAGAUGGGAUCCAACGGAAAUGGUGGAACGCAUCUACGACUUCCUGGCUGAUGAGUGCCAGAAUUUCAAGAAGUUCUGCAGUGAUGGUGUCCCUCCAACGAGACGCUCAUCCACUGAUCGAGUUGCUGUCAUCUCUGUUUAGGGAGCAUCUCCACUCUUUUGGUUUGCACACUCUGUUUACCUGUAUGUCCUCAACUAUUUAUGUGACAAACUGAGGAGCAAGGAAGCAGCCUGAUCAGGCAGUACAAUCCAUAGGGUAGUAGUGCUUCUGUUGGGCAAGUAAAUUGUGUACAAUAGAGCGAAGCAAAGGAGCAUUGUUGGUUGUUGGCUCCCCUGUUGGCCAUGAUGUUUUUGGGGGAUAAAUGGCAAUCCCAGUUAUCCCUGUCAUGUAGUUGUACAUAUGGUAACGGUCGUCGAAAUAACUCCAGUGUAAAUUUUGUUGCAAGAUGACAAUAAGUAGGAACUGUUUUGUUCGUUGGCAUCUAUGACAAUUUGGGUGCAAUCUCGUCCAAAGAUCUGAUCUUGCUUGUUGUCCACCUUGCCUGGUUUCUCAA